GAUCGAUUUUCGUAAAGAAUUUAGUAGUUCCUACAAUUAACACGGCAAUUUUUGUGUCACCUAUUCUUGGGGUCGGCCUAGCGCAAGUGGCAAGGACUACAUAAUGUUGGGUCGUUUUGGUAAUUUGGCACCAAUACUUACACAAAAUGUGCCAUCACAGCAGCAGCGUGGUAUGGCCACCCUAAAAUCCAUAGCCAUUCGUUUGAAAUCUGUAAAAAACAUCCAGAAAAUCACCCAGUCCAUGAAGAUGGUGUCAGCUGCUAAAUAUACUAGAGCUGAACGUGAACUAAAAGCUGUUAGACCCAUCGGUAGUGGUGCCCAGCAGUUUUAUGAAAAAGCUGAAAUUGUUCCACUGCCAGAUGUCCCACAAAAACUUGUUAUUGCCAUUACAUCCGACAGAGGUCUCUGUGGAGCUGUUCAUACCAGUGUUGCUCGUCAUAUCCGUACAGAAUUAUCCAAGGAUGAGCAAAACAUAAAAGUUGUCUGUGUCGGGGACAAAUCCCGUGCAAUUCUUCAACGUGUGUAUGGGAAAAACAUCAUCAUGGCUUGUAAUGAGAUCGGUCGUUUACCGCCAACUUUUAUAGAUGCUUCCAAAUUAGCUGACGCUGUUCUAAAAUCUGACUAUCAAUUCAGCUCUGGUGAAAUCGUUUAUAAUCGUUUCAAAUCUGUGGUAUCAUAUACCACUCAGACACUGCCAGUUUUUAGUUUGGCCUCUGUGACGGCUGCUCCCAAAUUAUCGAUCUACGACUCUUUGGAUGACGAAGUCAUUCAAAGCUACUUGGAAUUUUCAUUGGCGUCUCUACUAUUCUACGCCUUUAAAGAAGGCGCUUGCAGUGAGCAAUCGUCUCGUAUGACUGCUAUGGACAAUGCCAGUAAGAACGCAGGAGAAAUGAUUGAGAAACUCACUCUCACCCUCAACCGUACCAGACAGGCUGUCAUCACUAGAGAGCUGAUUGAAAUCAUCUCUGGAGCGUCAGCCCUGUAAAUAAAUUCACCUUGAAGAUUCGUUUUAUUGUGUGGCUGUUAUCUUUUAUAUCAUUAUUUUUCAGUAAAUUUAAGGUAAAAACAAAUAGGGAUAGGUGAAAUAUUUUAAAAUCCGCGGAUUAUUUCUUUUUUCUAUUAUUAUUUCGUCUCCGAUAACAGGCCAUAAUAAAGCCAUAGUAUAAUAGCACUGCAUGUAACGGUGGAAGUGGAUGGAAACGUGUAAGCCCAAAGUCUCUGAACAUCAAAUGAAUGUUUUGUAUUCAUAUUUACUGUUAUAUGUUAUUAAAUUAUGGCAAUAAACACCUGCUAUGUGUACUAA